GCCCGCCCGGCCGGGGCUGACGUGUCCGGCGCGGCGCGAUGGCGGCCGCCUGGGAGGAGAUCCGGCGGCUGGCGGCCGAUUUCCAGCGGGCGCAGUUCGCCGAGGUGGCCCACAGAUUGUCAGAACGGAACUGUAUAGAAAUUGUCACUAAACUGAUUGCGGAGAAGCAGUUGGAAGUAGUGCACACACUUGAUGGCAAGGAGUAUGUCACUCCAGCACAGAUUAGUAAGGAGAUCCGGGAUGAGCUUCAUGUUUGUGGUGGUCGAGUUAACAUUGUCGACUUACAACAGGUAAUAAAUGUGGACCUUCUACACAUUGAAAACAGAGCUAAUGACAUCGUUAAAUCUGAAAAAACUAUUCAGCUUGUAUUGGGACAGCUUAUAAAUGAGAGUUACCUGGAUCAAUUAGCGGAAGAAAUAAAUGAUAAACUUCAGGAAACUGGCCAGGUGACAAUAUCAGAACUUUGUAAGGCAUACGACCUUCCAGGAGACUUCCUGAUACAGGCAUUAUCCAGGCGUUUGGGCAGAAUUAUUCAUGGGCAACUAGACCAGGAAAACCGCGGGGUGAUUUUUACAGAAGCCUUUGUGUCCCGCCAUCGAGCACGCAUCCGUGGUCUCUUCACUGCGAUUACUCGGCCUACACCUGUAAGUAACUUGAUCACUCGGUAUGGAUUUCAAGAACAUUUACUUUACUCUUUACUAGAAGAACUUGUUAACACUGGUCGUCUAAAAGGCACCGUGGUUGGUGGGAGACAGGAUAAGGCUGUGUUUGUUCCAGAUAUCUAUGCCAGAACACAGAGCAACUGGGUGGAUUCUUUUUUCAAGCAGAAUGGUUACUUAGAAUUUGAUGCAUUGUACAGACUUGGUAUCCCCGACCCAGCAAGCUACAUUAAAAAAAGAUACAAGUCAACACAGCUCUUAUUUCUGAGAGCAGCUUGUGUUGGUCAAGAAAUUGUGGAUCAAGUUGAAGCCUCUGUAGAGGAAGCCAUCAGCUCUGGAAACUGGAUAGACAUAGCAACUCUUCUGCCCAGUUCAUUGUCAGUAGAAGAUGCUGGGAUUUUGCUUCAGCAAGUGAUGAGAUCUUUAAACAAAAACUCUUCAGGUUUAGUCUUCAGUGACACCAUUGCAGUGAGUGAGAAAUUUCUAAGCAGCUGUGCUGACCUGUUUUCUGAUAUGAUGCAACAGAAAGCUGAAAAGGAAAUGAAAAACAACCCUGUUAAUUUAAUCACUGAAGAAGAUUUAAAACAGGCUUCCGGUUUAGAGAAUUCGUAUGCUAAUAGAAAAGACAAAAAGGAUGAAAGAAGAAAGAAAGCAACAGAGGGCAGUGGAAGCGUGAGAGCAGGAGGUGGUGGCAAUGCCAGAGAGAUCAAGAUUAAGAAAACCAAGAAGAAAGGAAGAAAGGAUGCUGACAGCGAUGAAGAGUCACAGGGGACUGUCACAGGUAGGAAUAAGCAGCCAGAGUUCCCUUUCAUGUCUCAAGAGGAAAUUGAGGAUGUCUUAAAGACCCGCCUGCAGGAUUGCCCUGAAGAGCUUAUUACGGAAAUUGCUGAACACCUAAGAAGACCUUUAACAAAAACUUAUCAGGAAGUUGUGCGUUCUGUUUUUACGUCUUCAACAUCUUCCUCUGGAGCUAACAGAAAACAGACUAUGAAGGACUUGCAGGAGGAAUUCUCAAACUUGUACAACAACAUUCGGUUAUUUGAAAAAGGAACAAAGCAUUUCACAGAUGAGACUCAGACUAACCUUGCCAAACACUUGUUGAAGACUGUGUGUACAGACAUUACAAAUCUUAUUUUCAACUUCUUAGCAUCUGAUUCAAUGAUGACAACAGAAAACUACUCUACAAUCACAAGUGAGGGCAGGACCAAGAUUUUAGGUAAACUGCCAGAAGACACCAAAGGUCCUUUAACUAAACUGCAUGCUUCUCUGAAUGGCAAGAGUGUAGAAGAUUUUCUUUCAUGCCUUGAUUCUGCAGUGGAUAUUUGUGGUAUUAUGGUGAAAAAAGGAGACAAAAAGAAGGAAAGGCAAGUCCUGUUUCAACAUAGGCAAGCUUUGAUUGAACAGCUGAAAGUCACAGAAGAUCCAGCUCUUGUUCUGCACCUGACAUCAGUACUGUUAUUUCAGUUUUCAACUCACUGUAUGCUUCAUGCACCAGGAAGAUCAGUACCACAGAUCAUUAAUUUCCUAAGUGGCAAGAUCCCAGAGGAUCAACAUUCUCUGUUAGUCAAGUACCAGGGAUUAGUGGUGAAACAAUUGAUCAGUCAGACUAAGAAAACUGAACAUGGAGAGAGUGACACAACAGAUAACAGGGAAGAGGAGGAAGGAGCAGAUACCAUUCGAAAAGAGCUCCAGGAAAUCACUGCCUCUAUCAAAGAUGUUGUUCUGAGACCUAGGAAAUUUUCUGUAACAGAGGAAUAAAAUUAUUAUUCAGUUCAUCUACUUCCA